AUGGUCCAAGCUUUGUCACUUCCCACCACCUUCGCGCAGCCUAAGCCGCCCGUCACCACCCUCAACGCUGCCAGCAGCACCAUUGCCACCCUCUUGCUGCAGGAUGGAACUGCUUUCAACGGCAUCUCCUUUGGCGCCGAGGUCUCCAUUGCCGGUGAAUGCGUGUUUGCCACAGGCCACGCCGGCUACCCCGAAUCCCUGACGGAUCCUUCCUACCGCGGCCAGAUCUUGGUCUUGACCUUCCCUCUGAUCGGUAACUACGGUGUGCCUUCCAGAGAGGCCGUCGAUGCCGCCCUGAACAACCUCCAGAAGUAUUUCGAGUCGAGCCAGAUCCAUGUCGCUGCUCUCGUCGUUGGAAACUAUGCCCAAGACUACUCGCACUACCUGGCUUCUUCCUCGCUCUCGGAGUGGCUCAAGGAGCAGAACAUCCCCGCCAUCUACGGCAUUGACACCCGCGCCCUCACCAAGAAGAUCCGAACGACGGGUGCCCUCCUCGGCAAGCUGGUCUUCCCCAAGACCGCCAGCGCCGCUGUGGACUACACCCCUGCCGACUGGCUCUCCAGCCUUGCGGACGUCGCCUGGCACGACCCCAACACCCGCAACCUUGUCGCCGAGGUCUCCACCAAGCACUCGGUCGUCUAUGCUCCUGAUCCGUCCGUGGCUCUCAAGGGCCCCGACGGCAAAGUCAUCCGCGUGCUCGCCGUCGACGUCGGCAUGAAGAACAACCAGAUCCGCUGCUUCGUCAAGAAGGGCGUUGAGCUCAAGGUCGUCCCUUGGGACUAUGACUUCACUGCCGACUCGGACUACGACGGUCUCUUCAUCAGCAACGGCCCUGGUGAUCCCACCACCGUCACCACCACCAUCGCCCAUGUCGCCAAGAAGCUCAGCGAUGCCGACAAGCCCGUCUUUGGUAUCUGUCUUGGCCACCAGAUCCUGGCCCUGGCUUCGGGCGCCUCCACCAAGAAGAUGCCCUUCGGCAACCGCGGCCAGAACAUCCCUUGCACCAACCUGCAGACCGGUCGCUGCUACAUCACCUCGCAGAAUCACGGCUUCGAAGUCGAUGCCUCGACCCUGCCCGAGGGCUGGGAGGAGUUCUUUGUCAACGCCAACGACGGCUCCAACGAGGGCAUCAUCCACAAGUCCCUGCCCUUCUUCUCCGUGCAGUUCCACCCCGAGUCGACUCCUGGCCCCUGGGACACCGAGUUUUUGUUUGACAAGUUCAUUGACGCGAUCAAGGCCAGCAAGGAGGCCGGCAAAGCCGUUGCUCUUGCUCCGCCCGAGCCCCGCAAGCCCUCGCAGCGCGUGUACCCCCGCAAGGUUGUCGUGCUCGGCUCUGGUGGUCUGUCCAUUGGCCAGGCUGGCGAGUUCGACUAUUCUGGCUCCCAGGCGAUCAAGGCCCUGAAGGAGGAGAACAUUUAUACCAUCCUCAUCAACCCCAACAUUGCCACCAUCCAGACCUCGGCCGGUCUUGCCGACAAGGUCUACUUCCUUCCCGUCACCCCCGACUUUGUCCGCAAGGUCAUCAAGCACGAGAAGCCCGACGGCAUCUACUGCACCUUUGGUGGCCAGACCGCUCUCAACGUCGGCGUCAAGCUGCGCGAUGAGUUUGAGGGUCUCGGCGUCAAGGUCCUGGGCACCCCUAUCCACACCAUCGAGAUCACCGAGGAUCGCGAGCUCUUUGCCAGCAGCAUGGAGGAGAUUGGCGAGCGCUGCGCAAAGUCUGAAUCGGCCGUCAGCAUCCAGGAGGCCAUCGACGCCGCCAACCGCAUCGGCUACCCCCUCAUCAUCCGUGCCGCCUACACCCUCGGCGGUCUGGGCUCCGGCUUCGCCAACAACGAGGAGGAGCUUGUCGAGAUCUGCACCCGCGCCUUCCACUCGUCUCCCCAGGUCCUGGUCGAGAAGAGUAUGAAGGGCUGGAAAGAAGUCGAGUACGAGGUUGUCCGCGACGCCUACGACAACUGCAUCACUGUCUGCAACAUGGAGAACUUUGACCCCCUCGGCAUCCACACUGGCGACUCGAUCGUCGUGGCGCCUUCCCAGACGCUCUCUGACGAGGACUACAUGAUGCUCCGCCGCACUGCCGUCAACGUCAUUCGUCACCUUGGCGUCGUUGGCGAGUGCAACAUCCAGUACGCUCUGAACCCCCACAGCAAGGAGUACUGCAUCAUCGAGGUCAACGCGCGUCUCAGCCGCAGUUCCGCUCUGGCCAGCAAGGCCACCGGCUACCCGCUGGCCUUUGUUGCUGCCAAGCUCGGUCUCGGCAUUCCUCUGACGGAGGUCAAGAACAGCGUCACCAAGAAGACCAUUGCCUGCUUCGAGCCCAGCUUGGACUACAUCGUCGUCAAGAUCCCCCGCUGGGACUUGAAAAAGUUCAACCGCGUCAGCACCAAGAUCAGCUCGGCCAUGAAGAGUGUCGGCGAGGUCAUGGCCAUCGGCCGCAGCUUCGAAGAGGCCAUCCAAGAUGCCAUCCGCUCUGUGGAGUACUCCUUCACCGGCUUUUCCCCCAACGAGUUCAUCACCAACCUGGAUGAGGAACUGGCCAACCCCUCGGACCAGCGCCUCUUUGCCAUUGCCAACGCCUUCCAGAAGGGCUAUAGCGUCGACCAGAUCCACAAGCUCACCAACAUCGACCGCUGGUUCCUGAACAAGCUCAAGAACAUCUCGGACAUGGACGCCCGCCUGUCUGCCUUCACGGCAACGUCGCUGCCCACCAAUGUCCUCCGCGCCGCCAAGCAGAUUGGUUUCUCCGAUCGCCAGAUCGCCAAGGCCACCCAGACCACCGAGCUUGCCAUCCGCGAGAUCCGAAAGGAGGCUGGCAUCACCCCGUUCGUCAAGCAGAUCGACACCGUCGCUGCCGAAUUCCCCUGCUACACCAACUACCUGUACAUGACCUACAACGCCUCGGAGCACGACGUCGAGUUCGACGACAAGGGCGUGGUUGUGCUGGGCAGCGGUGUAUACCGCAUCGGCAGCAGUGUCGAGUUCGAUUGGUGUGCCGUGCGCUGCAUCCGCACCCUGCGAGGCCUCGGCGUCAAGACGGUCAUGAUCAACUACAACCCCGAAACCGUCUCGACUGACUACGACGAGGCUGACCGUCUCUACUUCGAGACCCUGACCCUCGAGCGUGUUCUCGAUAUCUACGAGGUCGAGCAGUCUCAGGGCGUGAUCCUCUCCAUGGGCGGCCAGACCCCCAACAACAUUGCGCUCCCUCUGCAGCGCGAGAAUGUCAACAUCAUCGGCACCUCGCCCGAGAUGAUCGACAAUGCCGAGAACCGCUACAAGUUCUCGCGCAUGCUUGACAAAAUCGGCGUUGACCAGCCCCUUUGGAAGGAGCUCACCUCGAUCGACGAGGCCCGAACCUUCUGCGAAAAGGUCAACUACCCUGUCCUUGUCCGCCCCUCGUACGUUCUCUCGGGUGCUGCCAUGAACGUGGUCUACUCCGAGGCCGACCUCAAGAACUUCCUGGAUCUGGCCACCAACGUCUCGCCCGAAUUCCCUGUCGUCAUCACCAAGUUCAUCGAGGAGGCCAAGGAAAUCGAGUUGGAUGCCGUUGCCAAGGACGGCAAGCUUGUGAUGCACGUCAUCUCCGAGCACGUCGAGAAUGCCGGUGUCCACUCGGGCGAUGCCACCCUGGUGCUCCCUCCCCAGGACCUGGAUCCCGAGACCGUUCGCAAGAUCGAGUAUGCCACCCGCAAGAUCGCUCAUGCCCUGCAUGUCACUGGCCCCAUGAACAUCCAGUUCAUUGCCAAGAACAACGAGAUCAAGGUCAUUGAGUGCAACCUGCGUGCCUCGCGCUCGUUCCCCUUCGUCUCCAAGGUCAUGGGCGUCGACAUGAUCGAGAUGGCCACCAAGGCGAUGAUCGACCGCCCCUUCGAGGCCUACCCCACCCACGAGCUGCCCAAGGACUACGUUGGUGUCAAGGUCCCCCAGUUCAGCUUUGCCCGUCUCUCUGGUGCCGAUCCCGUCCUCGGUGUCGAGAUGGCCUCGACCGGUGAAGUCGCUUGCUUUGGCAGGGACAAGUACGAGGCCUACAUCAAGGCUCUGCUCUCGACCGGCUUCCGCAUGCCCAAGAAGAACAUUCUGCUGUCGAUGGGCUCGUUCAAGGAAAAGAUCGAGUUCCUCCCUUCGGUCCGCAAGCUCCACCAGCUCGGCUACAACCUGUUUGCCACCUCCGGCACAGCCGAUUUCAUCCAGGAGCACGGCAUUCCCGUCAAGUACCUUGAGGCUCUUGAGGACGAGGCCAAUGUCAGUGCCCAGAAGCUCGAGUACAGCUUGACCCAGCACCUGGGCAACAGCAUGAUCGACUUGUACAUCAACCUGCCCUCCAAGAACCGCUACCGUCGCCCGGCCAGCUACAUGAGCAAGGGUUACCGCACCCGCCGCAUGGCCGUCGACUUUGCCGUUCCCCUGAUCACCAACAUCAAGUGCGCCAAGCUCUUUGUCGAGGCCCUGAGCCGCAACGCCACCGAGUUUGAUGUGCACCAGAACGACUUCAAGACUUCGCACCAGACCCUGACCCUCCCUGGUCUCAUCAACGUCCAGAGCUUCCUGCCCUCGGUUGCCCAUCCCAGCUCGACUGACUUUAAGAGCGUCACCCGUGCUGCCGUUGCCGGUGGCUUCACCCUGCUGUGCAACAGCCCCCUCGGUGUUGGCGGUAACGUCAGCGACCGCAAGACCGUCAACCUCGCCCAGGCCAACUGCCGCGCCGAGCCCUUCACCGACUAUCUGCUUUCGAUCGUCGCCACCCAGGACAACCUGAGCCAGAUGGCCUCUGUCUCGCAGGACGUUUCGUCUCUGUUCCUCAACUUCCGGGACGACGGCGUGACCCUCAACAACAUGGUGCAGCUCACCAACCAUAUCCACCAAUGGCCCGCUGACGGCAUCCUGAUCACCAACGCCACCGAUGCCGAUCUCGCCACUGUUCUCCUCCUCGGCAGCCUGCACGAGCGUAAGGUCCACGUUACCGAGGUCAAGACCAAGAACGACAUCCAUCUCAUCACCAUGAGCAAGGAGAAGGGCGUCGCAGUCACCUGCGACGUCUCGGUCUACAACCUGUUCCUGUCCAACAAGGACAUCCCCUCCGAGUCGCUCGGCACCCCGGAAGAUGUCCAGGCGCUCUGGGACAACAUUGCCAGCAUCGACUGCUUCUCUGUUGGCACCGUUCCCUACAACGUCACCAUGGACGCUGGCAAGAAGGCCUCGGCUGCUUCGGGUCUCGAGGAUGCCCUCCCUCUGCUGCUGACUGCCGUGCAGGAGGGCCGCCUCGCCCUGGACGAUAUCGUCACUCGCCUCUACGACAACCCCCGCCGCAUCUUUGAGCUCCCCGAGCAGCCCGAUACCUACAUCGAGGUCGAGCUGGAUCGCAAGUACGUCGUCCCCGCCCAGGGAUUCCAGAACGCCCAGGGCGAGUGGAGCCCCCUGGCCGGCCGAACCCUCCGGGGCACCCUGCAUCGUGUCGUCUUCCGCGGCCAGACCGUGUUCCUCGACGGCAGCCUCUUUGGUGAAGCCAUUGGUCGCGACGUCACCUCGCUGGCCCGCAUUCUCUCCAAGAACGCCCCCCACGCCGCCACCAGCACCCGCCGAUCGGAUGUCAAGUCCCCUCGGGUCCGUGGCAGCAUCCUGGGCGACGCUGCUCUUGGCACCGUGCGCUCUCCCUCGACUGAAAUCACUGCGCUUGGCAACCUUAUGAAGGGCUCCAGCGCCGGCAACCUGGCCGAGGAAGAGUCCAAGGAAGGCCAACUGGUCAAGGCCCUGCGACAGCAGCAGCAGCAAGGCGUCGAGGCCCCCAGCUCUAUCUCCUCGCGCUCGCCCUUCUUCCGCAAGCACAUCCUUUCCGUCCAGCAGUUCAACCGCAACGAGCUGCACAUGCUGUUUGGUGUCGCCCAGGAGAUGCGCAACCUUGUUGAGCGCUACGGAGGAACCAACAUUCUCCAGGGUCGCGUCAUGUGCUCUGCCUUCUACGAGCCCUCCACCCGCACCAGCUCCUCGUUUGAAACCGCCAUGGUUCGUCUCGGCGGACAGGUUGUCAGCAUCAACAGCAUCACCAGCUCGAUUGCAAAGGGCGAGAGCAUUGGCGACACUGUCCGCACCCUCGGCUGCUACGGCGAUAUCAUUGUGAUGAGACACCCGGAGCAAGGCGCCGUUUCGCUCGCCGCCAAGCACUCCCAGGUUCCGAUCAUCAACGCUGGCGACGGUAUCGGCGAGCACCCCACCCAGGCCUUCCUGGACACCUUCACCAUCCGCGAGGAACUUGGCACCGUCAACGGCCUGACCGUCACCAUGGUUGGCGAUCUGAAAAACGGCCGCACCGUUCACUCGCUCGUCAAGCUGCUGUCCCAGUACGACGUCAAGUUCAACUUUGUCGCCCCCGAGUGCCUCCGCAUCCCUGACGAGGUCAAGGAGAUCGCCAUCAAGAACAAGUCGCAGAUCUACGAGACCACCUCGCUGGAUGAUGUCAUUGGCGCUACCGAUGUGCUCUACGUCACCCGCAUCCAGAAGGAGCGCUUUGCUUCCGAGGAAGAGUACAAGCAAGUCUUUGGCAGCUACGUCAUCACCAACAAGGUUUUGCGCAAUGCCAAGUCCCACAUGAUCGUCAUGCACCCUCUGCCUCGCAUCAACGAGAUCGAUGCCGAAGUCGACUACGACCAGCGCGCUGCCUAUUUCCGCCAGAUGCGCUAUGGUCUCUAUGUCCGCAUGGCCCUCAUUGCCCUCGUCUGCGGCAAGUCCCUCUAAGUGCUGUGGCCCCUCUUCCAUCACCACGGCUGGCUCUCUGGCGCCUGUCAAUCUGUCCAGCCCCAUUCCAUCAUCGUCUCCGCCGCCAUUCAUUUCAUCAACACCGCAGGCGACGCUUCAAGCACAUCCCUAUGUUCUGGGCCGGCCGAAGCGCCACCCAGCCCUCCCCAAUCCAAUCUUGGCCGUCUUGCAGCGAUCAAGUCACACCGUUCCUAAUCUGCUAACUUUUCCGAAGCCGGACAAUGGCGCGCGCACCCCCCCUGUCUCUUUUGGGAGAAAGAAGGCAGGGCAAAGCUCUCGUCCCCCGCCUCGCAAUAAACACUCUUGUCGGUUGUAAUUUGUCCUGUUUGCAUUGUUCUUGUUUUCUUUUGUCGUCGUGUGCUGCGAUGGUCUUGGAUAUCCAGCCAGCCGAAAGCCGCACCUUUUCUGCCUCGUGAGGUAUCAUGAAUAGAGAUGAAGGGUAUUUGCCACGUUCAACCAAA